AUGUCCGGCGAGUACGAACCAAAUGCAACGUGCCAGGGGGCCCCGGGCUGGCGCGUGGGGGGGCCCGCGGCAGCCCCGGCCUCACCGCCAGCUCCUCUCGUCCAUCCACAGGGCUCCCGCUUCCACAGCUCGCGGCGGGAGCGCUACGGCAAUGUCUUCAAGACCCACCUGCUGGGCCGCCCCGUGGUGCGGGUGACAGGCGCUGAGAACAUCCGCAAGAUCCUGCUGGGCGAGCACACGCUGGUCAGCGCCCAGUGGCCACGCAGCACCCAGAUCAUCCUGGGCUCCCACACGCUGCUCGGCUCCGUCGGCGACCUACACCAGCAGCGCCGCAAGAUCCUGGCGAGAGUGUUCAGCCGCGCUGCCCUGGAGAGCUACCUCCCGCGGAUCCAGAAGGUUGUGAGCUGGGAGCUGCGGGGCUGGUGCAUGGAGCCAGGCUCCAUCGCAGUUUAUUCCUCUGCUAAAACCUUAACUUUCCGCAUUGCAGCUCGGAUUCUGCUGGGACUCUGUCUGGAGGAAAAACAGUUCAAGGACCUGGCCAAAACCUUUGACCAGAUGGUGGAGAACCUCUUUUCCCUGCCCCUGAACAUACCCUUCAGUGGGCUGCGCAAGGGAAUCAAAGCACGGGACAUGCUGCACAAGUACAUGGAGGAGGCUAUACAGGAGAAACUGCAGAGAAACAACUCAGAAGGUCACAGCGAUGCUCUGGAUUUCAUAAUAAACAGUGCCAAGGAGCAUGGCAAAGAAUUCACGAUGCAGGAGCUAAAG